ACCGGAAACGGAAAUCUCUCAGCAGCGCGCGGAUUUGUUUUAAAAACAGAGCUCCUCCAGCUGCUUCACUUCAGUCUGUUUUUGUAUCUCGGACCUCAAACAUUUUUAAUUUAAUUUAAUUUUUCAAUCUAAAACCCGAAAAACCAACAAGAACCGGGUCCGACAUGGCGACUCCACCGAAGAGGACGUGCCGUGUUUCCGGUGGUUUGUCCCGCAGAGAGAAGAAGAUCUCCAUCGAGGGAAACAUCGGUGAGUUUAACAACCUCAUCGGUGAGUUUAACAACCUCAUCGGUGAGUUUAGAGAGGGUAAAUUCUCCGUUAAUCCGGUUCCUGAUGUUGUUAACGGACUGAAAUCCCGGUGAGUCUGACCGAAGAGCCGGCUGAAAGAGAACCGGGUCAGAGUCACUCUGUUCGGGAUUCUCCCGCCUUCACAGCGGGGCUGAUGGCGCCAAACUUACACCACUGAUCAAUGAUCGAUAACCCGGUCAACCUGUGUGUGUGUGUGUGUGUGUGUGUGUAAACUCUUGAGACACUUCUCUGUUGUUGUGUUUGUCUGAUUGAUUAUUGAUCAGAUUGAUUGAUCCUCAUGGAUGUUUUCAAACAUUUUAGUGAAUCAGAAGUUUGUUUUUUUAAAUUUGGUCUUUUUCUCUCCUGACUUUGUCGCUCUCCGGUGACCCUGCUGCUCUUAGAUCGAUCGGUUCUCAUCAGGGGCUUGAAUGGUUCUGGUCUCAUGGGGUCUUCUGGGUCAGACUCUGUGACUCUGGUUUCUCCGUGGCUCCUCUCUCAUGUGGGUCCCUCAGGGUUCGGUUCUGGUUCCCCUCUCCAAACUCCCUCUCCUUUAAAACAGCAGCUCCUCCUCUUUUACUGAUUUUUCUUGAUUGUUGUUAAAGUGUUGGAAUCAUUUAUUGAUUGUUGACAUCAUUUAUUGAUCUCUGGGAACAGUUUUACUGCAGUUCUCUGAGUACUCAGUAUCACAGUACCACAGUAGAAGUACUCAAAGAGGUGAGGAAGUACUGAAGGUUCUGAAUGUGAACGAGAGGAAGGUGUUCACCUGUGUGUUCAGACUCAUCACAGUGUGUGUUCAUUCUGUGUGUGUAUUUGUUGUGUAAUAGUACACACAAACACUCUGUCUGAUGAUCACAUGACCUACAGUUUAACGGGACCUCGGCUCGGUCCUCCUCUGGUUCUGGUUUCAGCUGCAGGAAAGUCCACCUUCGUCCGGAUCCUCCAGGGGGCGUCAGAGGACUGGGAGGUGAUCCCUGAACCAAUCGGAAAAUGGUGCAACAUCCAGAACGACAACGAAGACGACAUUUACCAGGUACACACAAAAACACACACACAACAACAGCAGGGGUCUGUUCUACGAGGCGAGUCUCCAUGGCAACGUACGCUGAACGUUCCAGAUUGAACUCAUGAGUAUAAAAACCCCGCCCACUGACCAAUGAGCUCUCUGGAAAAACGGCGUGUCCGUUCUUGGAGGAUCCUGUAGACCUCGGUGCUCGCCUUGUCCGAGGAGGAGCACUCCGGCGUCCGGCGAGUUUUCAGGGACCGCACAGACCCACUUCCUUCUCCGGAUGACCUCCUUUAUGAAAGGCUAAUAUGGCCGACACACAAAACAUGUGACCACGAUAGGAAUGAACACAUGAAUGAAUUCAUCCUGGAAAUGAAUCAGACAUGUCUGCUCGCCGUAGUUAAAGCGCGUGUUGAACAGCGCUGUUUCAGGGUGAUGACCACAUCAAAGAUUUUUGGCGCUCUAUACUUCCAUAGUGAGACUGUCGGCCAUUUCCUGCCAGCGUUCCCUCCGGUCUUCUGCGGCGGCGGCGGCGUUGUUUUUGAGGUUUAUGACAGAUUUGAAUUCUUCAGACUUCCUCAUGGUCGUCUCCUGCUCCUCGUUUGUAAAGUCCGCGGUCCUUCGCUCUCCGGCCUGCUGGUCCAUGUUCCCGAUUGGUCAGAUGUGGCGGGCUCCGCCUUACAUGCGUGCACGCGCUCAUAGCAGAGCUGGAGCCUCUUAUGAGGUUGAUGACCGGCGUCGUAAGACCGUUUAGUGAGACCGCUGGUUACAGCGCUAAGUUGAGCGAGGGAGCGCCAAGGCGACCUCGCUGGGUCGAACCUGCUUCAUAGAACAGGCCCCCGGUGACCACACACACACACACACACACACACACACACGCACACACACACACACACACUCACACACACACAAAAGCACACACACACACACACACACACACACAUAUACACACAAAACAACACCUGAACACCCUGUGUGUGUGUGUGUGUGUGUGUGUGUGUGUGUGUGUGUGUGUGUGUGUGUGUGUGUGUGUGUGUGUAGGAGUUGAGUUCCUCUCAGAAGAGCGGUGGGAACCUUCUUCAGAUGUUGUACGACAAACCGAGCCGCUGGUCCUACACCUUUCAGGUAAAUGUGACAUCAUAGGUGACCCACCUGACCUUUGAUUGACAGGUGAGUUCCUCUGUAAACUAACGGUCUGCUCACCUGUGUGUGUGUGUGUGUGUGUGUCUCAGAGUUACGCCUGUCUCAGCAGAGUUCGCUCGCAGCUUCAGUCGCCGUCAUUGAAACUUCAACGAGCAGAAAACCCCGUCCAGUUCUACGAACGCUCCGUCUACUCCGACAGGUAACACACACACACACCUCAGACAGGUAACACACACACACCUCAGACAGGUAACACACACACACCUCAGACAGGUAACACACACACACACACCUGAGACAGGUAACACACACACACACACACAGACAGGUAACACACACACACACACACACCUCAGACAGGUAACACACACACACACACCUCAGACAGGUAACACACACACACCUGAGACACACCUGAGAGCGUGUGUAUGAUGUGGCGUGUGUGUGUCCACAGGUACGUGUUUGCCUCGAACCUGUUUGAGACGGGUUACCUGUCAGAGACGGAGUGGAGUGUGUAUCAGGACUGGCACACCUGGUUACUGAACCAGUUUGAACUGGACAUCGCCCUGGACGCCAUCAUUUACCUGAGAGCCCCCCCACAGGUAACCCCAACCCCACCUGCCAGAACUCCUCCUGUGAGGCGUUCACUGACUGACUGCAGCUGUGAGGGUCAGUUCGUGCUGCCUUCACUGUCUGUUUAUUUCAGCGCUGCCUUCACUGUCUGUUUAUUUCAGCGCUGCCUUCACUGUCCGUCUGUUUAUUUCAGCGCUGUAUGCAGCGUCUGCUCCAUCGCGGCCGUGAGGAGGAACAGGGGAUUCCUCUCGAUUACCUCGAACAGCUUCACUUCAAACACGAGAGCUGGCUCUACCACAGGAACCUGAGGUAAGCACUGAGCGCGCUCACAACAAGACUCCUGCUGAGGACCCGGUCCACUUCAGACCGGUUCCUUUCUUCUGGGUUCAUUUACAAACAGUCUCACAGGAACGAGGACGGACGUCUCAGCACGGCGAUAGUGUGACCGUCCGUCCUCUUUUUUUUAUAAAAUCCUUCAAAUGUCCUGAACGUGUUUUCAGUGAUUUUAAAACAGAGCAGAGGAUCAGUCCGCCCUGCAGCUCCGCCCCUCCGCUCUAAACAAAGUCACUGACGCGACGCAAACAUGGGCCAUCUUUGGGAAUUCAGAAUAAAAUAUGUUUAACCGAGUUAGAAGAACAAAAAAAUCCUCAAAGUUUCGCACACGAGUCCGCCCCGUGUGGUCGUGUGGAAUGUGGUCACUCUAACGUUUGUCCUGUUUUUACAGAAACACAGUGAAACUCUGGAUUAACAUCAUUUCUGUUCGAUUAUUUUAGACUCACUGAAGGCGGCAGACGUCUGUUUCUGUUAUCAGAGACUCAAUAAAAGUUUUGAUUAACGGUGAAAAACCUAAAGUCGACUUUUUUCAAUCAAAGGUAUUGAUAAGGGAAUCAUUAAAGAACUGAAUCUAUAAUGGCAUCAAUAUCGAUAAAAUCUUAUCAAGUCCCAUCCCUACUCGUGUUUCUGAGCUUUGGUUCUCGUCGGUCUGGUCCUCUCAGGGUCAGUCUGGUCCUCUCAGGGUCAGUCUGGUCCUCUCAGGGUCAGUCUGGUCCUCGGUGAUGCGUUCAGGGUCGGUCUGGACCUCGGUGAUGCGUUCAGGGUCGGUCUGGUCCUCGGUGUUGCGUUCAGGGUCUGUCUGGUCCUCUCAGGGUCGGUCUGGUCCUCUCAGGGUCGGUCUGGUCCUCGGUGAUGCGUUCAGGGUCGGUCUGGUCCUCGGUGAUGCGUUCAGGGUCAGUUCCAUUAACCCGUUGUCGUUGGUGUGUCUCAGGUUGGACUUUGAGUACCUGAAUGAUCUCCCGGUUCUGGUUCUGGACGUCGACGAUGACUUCAAAAACGAUCGGAUCAAACAGGAAGUCGUCGUUGACAAGGUAUGACCUUUGACCUUUACCCUCUAAACAGUGUAUCAGUGUUUCUGAAGGUCAGGCUGAUGGACAUGCUGUGACCUCUGACCUUUGUGAACAGGUGAACAUAGACGUUGACGGUCUGAAUAGAUGUUUGUUUGGAUCCUGACCGGGUUUUUCCUCCUGCAGGUCAAAGACUUCCUGUCUUCACUCUGAAACCUCGUCCACCAAUCACAGCUGCUGAUGUCAGCGGCCGUUACCCCGGACGACAGACGCCGUCAGAGUUUAGAUUCGAAGAGGCGGUUUGACGUUUUUUUAACGUUUUUAUUUUUGUACAGAAACAUUUUUAACACGUCUGUGAAACACGCUGCCACAGACCGUCAGUGAACGCACCGCCUGUGUGUGUGUGUGUGUGUGUGUGUGUGUGUGUGUGUGUGUGUGUGUGUGUGUGUUUGUCCUGACAUGAUCUGUCAGUGAACUCCUCAUGGUGCGUUCAGGGGUCGCUGUUUUCUCUGUAAAUCUGUGAAUAAAGAGCGUGAGACGGAAAGUU